CCACCGUGAUGCGAAUGCAGCCUGCGUCGCUUUUACUUUCCGUUGGAUUAUUUGUACCUGGCUGCACAUCAACGUACCCCGCAAAACACCAUGGCCGAAGUCGCCGCCGUACUCGCCGCACUCCAAGCCACCACUCAGUUUCUGGAACAAGCAUUCCGCGUCCUCGGCCGGCUCCGACGCGCACAUCAUCGCCAAGUGGGUCUUGUGGACCUUUUGCUUCGCCACGAGACCGAACUCAAAAGCGUCAAAGCCAUCAUCGGCAUCAUCGAUGAUGAAGAAGAAUUGCGGACGGCUAGCGUCGUCACCGAACUGUACCGGCUGAAAGACGUCGAGAGCAAGCUGGUCAAACUACUUGAGGAGCUGGACCCAAAGCCCUCGGGCAAAGUCAAGCAGUUUGCGCGCCAAUUUGUGCAGGGGUCUGCUGAUGAGAAGAAGUUGUAUGGCAUCAUGGAUGAGCUAGCGCACGUGAAGAGCGACCUUUUGCUGCGCAUUCAGGUCGCUAAUGUCGGCGUGAUGCGCAUCAUGGGGAAGCAGCUCGUAGCCAAUGCGGAAGUCAUCCAGAGAAUUGACCAGUUCCUUAGGGAAGAAGUUGGAAACUGCGAGGGCCUCCGAAUUGCACGACUGCUCAAGGGCAGACGGCCGUCCAACGAUGGCACGGUGCCGUUGACUCCUGCCGACCUAAAAAAGCUAGCUGAAGAAGACAGCGAGGACAGCUCAGACGAAACCCUCGUUGACGAAUGCGAGUCCCCUGCCCGCCCUUGCCCAGCAAAGGUCGAACGCAUCAUCCUCCGAAACUCGGCGCGAGACCAAGCGUUCCAGAUCAACGCUGCGUUUGGGAAAGAUGUUUGGAGAGAUGUUGACCGCCUCGUCAUCGAAGACAACGAAGUUUGUGGCAAUGCUGUGCAGAUCAAUUAUGCCAUAACCUUUGACGGAGCCAAGUUCUUGCGAGACUGGCAGAAGGAAACGGUGAAGGCGGCGCAGCACGGUUCGAGACCACGGCGAGAUAGUGGGCAAGAUUCCUAAUGCAAAAGCUUCACACUGAACAAU